CAGCUCAUCUUCAGUUUGACCUUUAAUCUUGGUAUAAGUGAAAUAAGAUGAAGAAUCAGCACCAGCAGCAGAGACUACAGUAUAUCUGCGCCAAGUCAACAAUAAAAUUGAUCUCAUCCUUCAAACUGCUUCUUCUCCUCAUGCAUUUUAUCAAGACUGUCAAUCUCAAUCACCUGAAGCUUUGGUGCAUACUCCGACCAUUCAGGUAAAGAAUUCCUUACAAUAGCCACAAUACUAUCUCAUCUCUGAUCUCCAUACAGCAAAGCAAUAAGCUUCUUCCCUACAGCUCCAUUCCCCCCAAUAACAGCUGCACUAAACCCCUCUAAUUUCUCCAUUUCUAAAACUAUACA